AUGAAGAGUUCUUUUUUCAUGGACCAAGAAGCUGGAUAUGCCAUCCGUGAACAGACGCGCUUAGCGUGCUCAGCUGCUCUGCGUCGCCCGUCAAUCAGCAGCGGGGCUCAGCCUCCUGCAAGCCUGUUUCCUGCCAUUCUCAAUCUCGCCAGCAAUGCUCACAUCAGCACCAACGCCACCUGUGGCGAGAAGGGGCCCGAGAUGUUCUGCAAACUUGUGGAGCAUGUGCCUGGUCGACCUGUACGAAACGCACAGUGUCGGAUCUGUGAUGGCAACAGUGUGAACCCUAAAGAACGCCAUCCAAUAUCAAAUGCCAUAGAUGGCACCAAUAACUGGUGGCAAAGUCCCAGUAUUCAGAAUGGGAGAGAGUAUCACUGGGUUACCAUCACUCUGGACUUAAGACAGGUCUUUCAGGUUGCAUAUGUCAUCAUUAAAGCUGCCAAUGCCCCUCGCCCUGGAAACUGGAUUUUGGAGCGCUCUCUGAAUGGCACCACAUUCAGCCCCUGGCAGUAUUAUGCAGUUAGUGACACAGAGUGUUUGACUCGCUACAAUAUAACUCCAAGACGGGGGCCACCCACUUACAGGGCUGACGAUGAAGUGAUCUGCACCUCGUAUUAUUCCAGACUGGUGCCACUAGAGCAUGGAGAGAUUCAUACAUCACUAAUCAACAGCAGACCAAGUGCUGAUGAUCUGUCACCCAAGCUGUUGGAAUUUACUUCUGCACGAUAUAUACGCCUUCGCUUCCAGCGCAUUCGAACGCUCAAUGCAGAUCUCAUGACCCUUAGUCACCGGGAACCUAAAGACCUUGAUCCUAUUGUUACAAGACGAUAUUACUACUCAAUAAAAGACAUUUCUGUUGGCGGGAUGUGCAUUUGCUACGGCCAUGCUAGCAGCUGCCCAUGGGAUGACACUGCAAAGAAACUACAGUGUCAAUGUGAACAUAACACCUGCGGAGAGAGGUGUGACAGGUGCUGCCCAGGAUACCACCAGCAGCCCUGGAGGCCUGGGACCGUUUCUUCUGGUAACACAUGUGAAGAAUGUAAUUGUCACAAUAAAGCCAAAGACUGCUACUAUGAUGAGAGUGUUGCAGAUCAGAAGAGAAGUUUGAACACGGCCGGACAGUUCAGAGGAGGAGGGGUCUGCAUAAAUUGCCUGCAGAACACCACGGGGAUCAAUUGUGAAACCUGUGUCGAUGGACAUUAUAGGCCACACCAAGUUUCUCCUUAUGAGGAUGAGCCUUGCCGUCCCUGUGACUGUGACCCCGUGGGGUCCCUCAGUUCUGCCUGUAUUAAAGAUGAUAUCCAUUCUGACUCACGUAAUGGGAAGUGGCCAGGUCAGUGUCCAUGUAAGGAAGGUUUUGCAGGAGAAAAAUGUGAUCGCUGCCAGUUAGGCUACAAGGGUUACCCACUCUGCACCCGUUGUGACUGCAGUCCAGCUGGCAGUGUGAAUGACGACCUGUGUGCAGAGCCGUGUCUUUGUAAGGAAAAUGUUGAGGGAAAAGACUGUCAUCGCUGCAAGCCAGGAUUCUAUAACUUGAAGGAGAGAAACCCCCAGGGCUGCUCCGAGUGCUUCUGCUUUGGCGUUUCUGAUGUCUGCGAUGGCCUUUCUUGGCCCAUCAGUCAGGUGAGCAAUAUGUCUGGGUGGCUGGUCACCGAUUUGGUCAGCCCAAGUAAGAUCCCGUCACAGCAGGAGGCGCUGCGUGGGUGGCGCCAGGUCAGCAUCAACAACACUGUGGCCCUGCAGCGGCUGGCCCCCAGGUACUACUGGGCGGCCCCGGAGGCCUACCUCGGAAAUAAGCUGACUUCAUUUGGUGAACUCCUGAGAUACACGGUGUCUUAUGACAUUCCAAUGGACACGGUGGACAGUGACCUCGUGUCUCACGCUGAUGUCAUCAUUAAGGGAAAUGGACUUGUUCUAAGCACCCAGGCUGAGGGCCUGUCACUUCAGCCCUACGAAGAGUACUUGAAUGUGGUUAGACUCGUGCCUGAGAACUUCCGAGAUUAUAAUACCAAAAGGGAGAUCGAUCGUGACCAGCUGAUGACUAUCCUUGCCAACGUGACACAUCUCUUGAUCAGAGCCAACUACAAUUCUGCAAAAAUGGCUCUUUACAAGUUGGAUUCUGUCUCUCUGGACACAGCCAGCCUUAAUGCUGUAGGCCUGGCAGUGGCCGCUGACGUGGAGCACUGUGAAUGUCCCCAAGGCUACACAGGGACCUCCUGUGAGUCGUGCCUGUCUGGCUAUUACCGUGUGGAUGGAAUACUCUUUGGAGGAAUUUGUCAGCCCUGUGAAUGCCACGGCCAUGCAGCUGAGUGUGAUAUUCGCGGCAUUUGCCAUGCAUGCACGCACAACACCACUGGAGCACACUGUGAGCAGUGCCUGCCCGGCUUCUAUGGGGCGCCUUCUCGAGGGACUCCUGGGGACUGUCAGCCCUGUGCCUGCCCUCUUUCCAUGGCCUCCAACAAUUUCAGCCCCACCUGCCACCUCGAGGACACCAACGAAGUGGUCUGUGACCAGUGCGCUCAGGGACACGCGGGAGCCCGGUGCGAGAGAUGUGCAGACGGUUACUAUGGAAACCCAAAAGUGCCCGGGGAAUCCUGUGUGCCGUGUGACUGCAGCGGCAAUGUCGACCCUUCAGAGGCUGGUCACUGUGACUCAGUCACCGGGGAAUGCCUGAAGUGCAUGGGGAACACAGACGGCGCCCACUGUGAAAGGUGUGCUGCUGGCUUCUACGGGGACGCCGUGACUGCUAAAAACUGCCGAGCCUGUGAAUGCCAUGAAAAAGGCUCCCUUUCCAGUGUGUGCCAUCCUGAGACUGGACUCUGUGACUGCAAACCACACGUGACUGGACAGCAGUGUGACCAGUGCUUGCACGGCUACUACGGGAUGGACACGGGGCUUGGCUGCCUGCCCUGUGGCUGCAGCACAGCAGGCUCCAUGUCAGAUGACUGCUCAGAUGAAGGACAGUGUCACUGUGUCCCAGGCGUGGCUGGGAAAAGGUGCGACAGGUGUUCACCUGGCUUCUAUGCAUACCAGGAUGGUAGCUGCACACCCUGUGACUGCCCACAUACUCAGAACACCUGCGAUCCCAACUCGGGCACCUGCGUCUGCCCUCCGCACACUCAGGGUCUGAAGUGCCAAGAAUGCGAGGACAGCUUCUGGGGCCAUGACCCGCAGCGCGGCUGCCAGGCCUGUAAUUGCAGUCAUGAGGGGUCAGCCAGCCAUCAGUGUGAUGUGAUCACUGGCCAUUGCCAGUGUAAGUCAGAUUUUGGUGGACGGAGCUGUGAUCAGUGCUCCUGGGGUCACAGAGACUUCCCAGACUGUGUUCCCUGUGACUGUGACCUGAGGGGGACGUCAGUUGACACCUGUGACCUGGAGCAGGGUCUCUGCAGCUGUGCACAGGAAAGUGGUGCCUGCACCUGCAAGGAGAAUGUCCUUGGCCUCCAGUGCAGCGAGUGUGGACCGGGCACCUUCGCUCUGCGUGAGGAUGACCCCCUGGGGUGCCGCCCAUGCUUCUGCUUUGGGCUGUCACACCUCUGCUCAGAGUUGGAGGGCCAUGUGAGGACCCCAGUGACUCUGGGCUCAGAUCAGCCUCUUCUGCGUGUGGUUUCUCAGAGUAACCUAAGGGGCACCACCGAAGGGGUGUAUUUCCAGGCCCCCGAUGUCCUGCUGGACGCCGUGACAGUCCGGCACCAUGUCCAGGCAGAGCCGUUUUACUGGCGGCUGCCAGAGCAGUUCCAGGGAGACCAGCUCAUGGCCUAUGGGGGCAAACUAAAGUACAGCGUGGCCUUCUAUUCCUCGGAUGGCAGCGGCACCUCCAAUUUUGAGCCUCAAAUUCUUAUCAAAGGAGGUCGGACCAGAAAGCAAGUCAUUCACAUGGAUGCACCAGCCCCAGAGAAUGGAGUGAGACAGGAACUGGAAGUAGAAAUGAAAGAGAAUUUCUGGAAAUAUUUUAACUCUGUUUCUGAAAAACCUGUCACACGCUCAGAUUUUAUGUCCGUUCUUAGCAAUAUCGAGUACAUCCUCAUUAAGGCAUCGUAUGGUCAAGGAUUACAGCAAAGCAGAAUCUCAAAUAUUUCGAUGGAGGUCGGCAGAAAGGCUGAAGAGCUGCACCCAGAGAGGGAGGCAGCGUCCCUUUUAGAAAACUGUCUCUGUCCCCCUGGCACAGCUGGAUUUUCAUGUCAGGACUGUGCCCCUGGGUACCACAGAAGGAAGCUCCCAGAAGGUGGUGGCAGGGGACCCCGCCCUCUGCUGGCUCCUUGUGUGCCCUGCAGUUGCAACAACCACAGUGACGCUUGUGACCCCGAAACUGGGAAGUGUCUGAACUGCAGUGAUAACACGGCUGGUGCCCACUGCGAUGUGUGCGCUCCCGGCUACUACGGGAAGGUGACAGGCUUGGCCCGUGACUGUUCUCCAUGUGCCUGUCCUCACAGCCACCCCACCAGUUUCAGUCCAACUUGUAUCUUGGAGGGUGAUCGUGAUUUCCGCUGCGAUGCCUGUCGUCUGGGCUAUGAAGGACAGUAUUGUGAAAGGUGCUCCUCAGGCUACCAUGGAGACCCCCGCACACGGGGGGGCAGUUGUCAGAAGUGUGACUGCAGCUCACAUGGCUCUGUCCAUGGCAACUGUGACCGCCUGACCGGGCAGUGCGUCUGCAGGCCGGGGGCCGCAGGGCUGCAGUGCGAGGCCUGCCAGCCGAGGCACACACUGGUGGCGAGUGACUGUGUCUCUUGUGAUGAUGACUGUGUGGGCGUGCUGCUGAAUGACUUGGAUCAUGUUGGAGACGCCAUUCUUUCUAUGAACCUCACUGGCGUUAUCCCUCUCCCCUAUGGAAUUUUGUCAAACCUGGAAAACGCAACUAAAUAUCUCCGGGGAUCUUUGUUAAAAGAAAAUACUCAAAAGGAACUGGCAAAAAUUCAGUUUGAAGAUGUUGCGGAGCAAACGGACGACCUGCAGAAGGAGCUCACUAGCGUGUUAACCAGUAGCCAACAGGCGAAUAGGGCAACUGAGAGAAUCUUCAACGAGAGCAAAGACCUGGCAACGUUUAUUGAGAGGCUGCAGGUGAACGUCAAAGAAAUGAUUGAAAAAGCAGCAACUUUAAAUCAGAGCUUGGACAAAGAUUUCCAGCUACCCCAUUCUACUCUUCAGAAUAUGCAACAGAACCUGACAUCUUUGCUGGAAAUCAUACAGAAGAGGCAUUUCACGCAGUUGCACCACAAUACCACCCUGGAACUCAAGGCUGCUGAAGAUUUAUUGUCACAAAUUCAGAAAAAUUACCAGAAGCCACAGGAAGAAUUGGAGGUAUUAAAAGAUGCAGCAAACAGCCUCCUUUCAAAGCAUCACAGUGAACUGCAGGCAGCAAAAGAGCUCGUGAGAGAAGCAGAAACCAAGACCCAGGAAAGCAACCGCCUGCUGCUCAUUGUCAACGCCAGCCUGCAAGAAUUCAGCGAUAAAAAGCUGCAUGCUCAGAAAGAACAAAACUUGACCUCCGAGCUAACUGCCAAAGGAAGAGGAUUGGUAGAUGCGGCCACCACACGUGCAAAUGCUGCACAAAACGCUCUAGCACAAUUAGAGCACCACCGUGAUGAGCUACUUUUAUGGACUACCAAAAUCAGGCACCAUGUAGAUGAUCUGGUCAUGCAGAUGUCCAAAAGGAGAGCACUUGACCUUGUCUACAGAGCUGAGGACCAUGCAGCUGAGCUACAAAGACUAGCCGGUGUCUUGGACAGAAGCCUUGGAAACGUCAGACACGUGUCCCUGAAUGUGACAAGCACAGCCCACGUCCAUUCCCACAUCCAGAGCCUGAUUGAAGAAUCAGAAAAACUGGCAACCGACGCUCACAGGACUGUGACCGAGGCAAGCCUGUUCUCAGAAUCCCUUGUUUCCAAUGGGAAAGAAACUCUGCAGCGCAGUUCCAGGUUUCUAAAAGAAGGCAACAACCUCAGCAGAAAACAUCAAGGUAUUACAUUGGAACUGAGUGAAUUGAAAAAUACAGCAAACAGAUUUCAAGAGAAUGCUUAUAAAAUUUCUAGGCAGAUCAAUGAAUCACUCUUGAUAUUUAGAGCAAUUCCUGAAGGUGUGACAGACAAGGGAGCCAAAAUCAAAGAGCUGGCCACAUCUGCAAACAGGAGUGCAGUGAACACGCUGAAGGACGUGGUGGGACUGAGUCAGAAGCUGCUGAGUACAUCGACUGGCCUGUCCAGAGUUAAUGCCACAUUACGAGAGACAAACGAACUUCUACGUGACUCCACAAUGACCACUCUGUUAGCUGGAAGAAAAGUUAAAGAUGUGGAAACACAAGCCAACCUUUUAUUUGAUCGGUUGAAGCCUUUGAAGAUAUUAGAAGAGAGCCUGAGCAGAAACCUUUCAGAAAUUAAACUGCUGAUCAACCAGGCCCGGAAACAAGCAGCUUCUAUUAAAGUCGCUGUGUCUGCAGACAGAGACUGUAUCCGGGCCUACCAGCCUCAGAUUUCUUCUACUAACUAUAACACCUUAACGCUAAAUGUUAAGACGCGGGAACCUGAUAAUCUUCUCUUCUACCUCGGUAGCAGCACCAGUUCUGACUUCCUUGCUGUGGAGAUGCGGCGAGGGAACGUGGCCUUCCUCUGGGAUAUGGGCUCCGGCUCAGCACGGGUGGAGUUUCCUGACUUCCCCAUUGACGACAACCAAUGGCACAGCAUCCACAUAUCCAGGUUUGGAAACACUGGUUCGUUGAGUGUAAAGGAAAUGAGCUCAACUCAAAAGCCACCAACAAAAACAAGUAAAUCUCCUGGAACAGCUGACGUUCUGGAUAUAAACAAUUCAACCCUAAUGUUUGUUGGAGGACUUGGAGGACAAAUCAAGAAAUCUCCUGCUGUGAAGGUUACUCAUUUUAAAGGCUGCAUUGCAGAGGCCUUCUUGAAUGGAAAAUCCAUCGGCCUGUGGAACUAUAUUGAAAGGGAGGGCAAGUGCCAUGGCUGCUUUGGGAGCCCCCAGGAUGAGGACUCUGCCUUCCAUUUUGACGGGAGUGGCUAUUCUGUUGUGGAGAAGAUGCUCCGGGCUACUGUGACUCAGAUAAUAAUGCUGUUUAGUACCUUUUCACCUAACGGGCUGCUUGUCUACCUUGCUUCAAAUGGCACCAAAGACUUUUUAUCCAUUGAGCUGGUCCAUGGCAGAGUUAAAGUUAUGUUUGACCUGGGUUCAGGACCUCUUGCACUUAUUACAGACAGACGUUAUAACAAUGGAGCCUGGUACAAAAUUGCCUUCCAACGGAACCGGAAGCAAGGACUCCUUGCAGUCAUUGAUGCAUAUAACACCAGUUACAAGGAAACCAAGCAAGGGGAGACUCCAGGAACAUCUUCUGACCUCAAUCGUCUUGAUAAGGAUCCGAUUUAUGUGGGUGGAUUACCUAGGUCAAGACUUGUAAGGAAAGGUGUCAGUAGCAAAAGCUAUGUGGGCUGUAUCAAGAACCUGGAAAUAUCCAGAUCGACCUUUGAUUUACUCAGAAAUUCCUAUGGAGUGAGAAAAGGCUGUAUACUAGAGCCCAUCCGAAGCGUGAGCUUCUUGAAAGGUGGCUACGUUGAAUUGCCACCCAAGUCUUUGUCACCAGAUUCGGAAUUGCUGGCAACGUUUGCCACCAAGAACAGCAGUGGCGUCAUCCUGGUGGCCCUCGGCGGAGGUGCAGAGCAGCAGGGUCGUCGGCAGGCACGCGUGCCUUUCUUCUCCAUCAUGCUGAUUGAUGGCCACGUUGAAGUUCAUGUCAAUCCUGGGGAUGGAACCAGCCUGAGAAAAGCUCUCCUGCAUGCUCCCACAGGCACUUACGGUGAUGGACGAGAGCAUUCCAUUUCCUUGGUUAGGAAUCGGAGAAUUAUCACUGUCCAGUUGGAUGAAGCCAAUUCUGUAGAAAUGAAGUUGGGCCCAUUAGCAGAAAGCAGGACAAUAAAUGUGUCCAACCUGUACGUAGGAGGAAUGCCAGAGGCUGAGGGGACAUCAAUGUUCAAAAUGAGAAGCUCAUUCCAUGGCUGUAUCAGAAACCUGAUCUUUAACAUGGAACUGUUGGAUUUCACCAGUGCGGUUGGCUAUGAGCAAGUAGACUUAGACACCUGCGUGCUUUCAGAAAGACUGAGGCUGGCUCUUCAUGGAGAGGACCGUGAACUCCUGCCAGAGUCCCUGGGUCCACCAAGUCCAGAACAGUGUGCUGUGGACACAGCUCCAGAGUAUGUUCCCAGCGCUCACCAGUUUGGCCUCAUGCAAAACAGCCAUUUCGUGUUGCCUUUUAAUCAGUCGGCUGUCAGAAAGAAGCUCUCGGUUCAGCUAAGCAUCCGGACGUUUGCCUCCAGUGGUCUCAUUUACUACAUGGCUCAUCAAAACCAGGUUGAUUACGCCACGCUCCAGCUUCACGGGGGCCACCUCCACUUCAUGUUUGACCUUGGUAAAGGCAGAACACAGGUCUCCCACCCUGCGCUGAUCAGCGAUGGCAAGUGGCACAUGGUGAAGACAGAGUAUGUUAAAAGAAAAGGCUUCAUGACUGUUGACGGCCACGAGUCCCCCAUGGUGACCACGGUGGGGGAUGGGACCACACUGGACGUGGAGGGGAGGUUGUACCUAGGGGGCCUUCCCUCCAACUACAGGGCCAGGAACAUUGGAAAUAUCACCCACAGCGUUCCUGCCUGCAUCGGGGAGGUGACAGUUAACAGCAAACAGCUGGACAAGGACAUUCCGGUGUCUGCCUUUGCAGUGAACAGGUGCUAUGCAGUGGCCCAGGAAGGAACUUUCUUUGAAGGGAGUGGAUAUGCGGCUCUUGUUAAAGAAGGCUACAAAGUCCGAUCAGAUGUAAACAUCACACUGGAGUUUCGUACUUCCUCAGAGAAUGGUGUCCUCCUGGGGAUCAGCAGUGCCAAAGUGGAUGCCAUUGGCCUAGAGAUUGUACAUGGCAAGGUCUUGUUUCAUGUUAACAAUGGUGCUGGUAGGAUAACAGCCACAUAUGAGCCCAAACCUGCCAAUACUCUCUGUGAUGGAAAAUGGCAUACACUUCAGGCUAACAAAAGCAAACACCGUGUUGUUCUGAUUGUCGAUGGGAAACCAGUGGGUGCUGAAAGUCCACACACCCAGUCCACCUCGGCAGACACCAACAAUCCCAUUUAUGUUGGUGGCUAUCCUGCUGAGGUAAAGCAGAACUGCCUGAGCACCCAGACCUCGUUCCGCGGGUGUUUGAGAAAGCUCGUGUUCAUUAAGGGCCCACAUGUGCAAUCCUAUGACUUCAGCAGAGCUUUUGACCUACAGGGAGUUUUCCCCCAUUCCUGUCCUGGGACUGAACCCUGA